UCCUGCUCGUCAUUUGGCUCCAAACUUGUGUCCUGAAAACAACAAAACAAACCGGGCGCUGUCCGGCGUAACCAAAAAACACAAAAAUUGCCAAAAACCCAAGCACUGCACGCCAUGGAGACCUAGCAGGGAGGGAGGCCUGAGCAUUGAGAGUAGGGGCAGGAAGAUGUUAAGCCUCGGAUCAGCAGUAGUGGUCGUGUCCAGGAAGGCUGAGGGUGGCGGUGUGGUGCCAGUGUGGUGGUGCUGUGGCAGAGUCUGCUUCUCGCCACCAUGCCUGUGGACAUCAACAACUUGACUGAUGGCUGGCUGGAGCUGGAGAGUGAUCCAGGCCUGUUCACACUACUGCUGGAGGACAUGGGUGUGAAGGGAGUGCAGGUAGAGGAGGUGUAUGAUCUGCAGAAGUCAUUUGAAGGAAAGGUGUAUGGAUUCAUCUUCCUCUUCAGGUGGAUAGAGGAGAGGCGGUCAAGAAGGAAGGUGGUGGAAAAUACAGAUAAUUAUGUGCAAGAUGAGGCUGUUGUGAAUAACAUGUUCUUUGCCCAACAGAUGGUGCCAAACAGCUGUGCCACUCACUCCCUUGUCUCGGUUCUGCUCAACUGCUCUGCCCUUGAUCUUGGCCCCACCUUGUCCCGCCUCAAGGUGCACACACUCGGCAUGAACCCAGAAAACAAGGGCUGGGCUAUCGGCAACACCCCAGAGCUGGCCAAUGCACACAACUCACACUCGGCCCCCCAGGCCCGCCGCCGCCCAGACAAGACCCCAGGAGUGCCCACUAGUUCCCGGGUCAGCAAUGCAGAAACCUUCCACUUUGUGUCUUAUGUUCCAGUCAAUGGAAGACUUUUUGAGCUGGAUGGACUGAAGCCAUCGCCAAUAGACCAUGGGCCGUGGCAGCCUGGGGAGGACUGGACGGAGAAGUUUCGGCGCGUCAUCACGGAGCGGCUGGGCAUCGCAACAGGGGGUGAGCCUUACCAUGACAUAAGGUUCAAUCUGAUGGCAGUGGUACCUGACAAGAUCACAGCUCUCAGGAGAAAGCUGAGUGCCCUUAGAAGGAACAGAGAGACCAUCCUGGAGGCACUCCACCAGUUUGUGCGGCAGCGGUUCCCUCAGUACAUUGGGAAGGAGAAGUUGUCUCCUCCUGCCCCCAGCAACUCUCAGGAUCCCCCCGUUGGUGAGAAGGAGGGCAACAACUUGUCACUGCUGGCUGUUGCUGCAUCCCAGAAGCUUGAGGCACAGGGUUAUGCUGAUCCUAACCCUUGCACCAGCCCUCACCGGCCCCAGGCACCCAGCCCUCACCACCCACAGCCACAGCAGCAGCAGCACACACCAGUCCGGUCGGAUUCAAAUGCACCAGUGGGCUUGGAGCUACCUCCUUCUGCUGGCACCCUCUCCACCCCACCAGACUAUGCCACACCCCUCACCAUUCAGACCUCACCAGCCCCUCCCUCAACUCCCUCCACAGACACUGCAUCGGAGGUUGGCACCCCAUACCACUCCCCCCAGGGAAGCAGUGGAUCCAUGCAGAGCAGUCCAGCCACCAGCAGUGAAUACCAGCAUCUUGUUGUUGUUCACUUCACACCACCUCAUUCCUCCUCCAUCUCCCCCACUCCUCACUCUGCCUCCAUCACCACAACAGCCACUACCACCACCAGUACUAUUAGUACUACCACUGCUACCAGUAGUUGUACUGCUGCUACUACUGCUGCUGCUACUACCACCACUAGCACUACAACUGCAGCUGUCUCUCGAGGCCAGACCCGUACGCCUCCCUUAUCUUGCCGGCAGCUGGAGGAGGUAGCAAAGCAGCUGAAGGAAGAGGAAGAGGAGGAGGAGUCAUCUCUUACUGGGUUUUUGGAUUCUCCUGAUGAUGCAGACAUCAAGCUGAACCCAUCACUCUUAGAAGGGCUAGCAAAUACCUUGAGCCCAGAGGGAGAAAGUGGCACUGGUGAUGCUACUGUGAAGAAGGAAGAGAAAGGGGUAUGGGAAAGAGAUCCUGGUGCCAUCCCUCCCCCAGGUGAGGAAGAGGGUGGUGGAUGGGGAGGUGGAGAACCAAGUGGAGCAGAUGUGGCAGCAGGGCCCAAUCACCUUCUCCAUCUGGUCCACCUUUUGGGAGAGGAGAUCACCACUUGUGAGGCACAGCUGAGAGAUGAACUGGACCAGCGAAAGAGAUACAAAGUGGAUGACAGCCGCAGGACACACAACUAUGAUCAGUUUAUCAUCACUUUCUUGGCCAUGCUGGCGGAGCAAGGCAAAAUUUCUGAUCUGGUGAAGGAGCAGCUGCAGCCAUCACGAAAGCGACCUCCACCAGCGCCCUCCACACCUCGAGGUCCUACAAAAGCACCACUGAAGAAAACAGAAUCCAAGUCUCCAAGCACUUCUAAGAAGAGAGGUAGAAAGAAGAAAACAAAGGGGAAGAGAAAGAGAUGAGUUGUUGUCCUCUUCCAUUGUCAGGGCAUAGGUUAAUACUAAUUGUACAAAUAGCACUUUAUUGUAGAAAUGGUAUGUGAUACAUUAAUUAUAAUUGUAGGAAGGUUAACUCUUCAUUUUCUCUGCUCUCAGGGAAGGGAAGCAAGGUUCCUCAGUGGUGCCAAUCCCAAAGUGUCCCAUCCACAACUCGGCUUAUUGCUGUCCCAUCGGAUGCUGGAAGCUUGCAAGUGGAGAUGUAGUUUGUUCCCUUGCUUGACUGGAACAUUGAGUCUCAGAUACAUGUGGCUCAGGUUAUCAGCACCUCAUGCAAACCACUUAUGAUUUUUGCAGUAUGAUUUUGCAGUGCAGUGGUUGUUAGUCUUCCUCAUGGUAUUGUUCUUGGAUGGGAACUUGGAAGAAGCAUGAAUAAGAUUCCUCCCAUAACCAGCAGGUGAUUGAGGCCUGUUGGUCAUAGGAGAGGUGUGUUUCAUUAUGCUACUCCCAACUUCCUGUCCAAGAAUGAUAAUGGGAGGCCAGCUGCCACUGAAAGAAGAGACGUGGUCCUGCACGUGAUAACAUCCCAAGACACUUAUCUCAGACUCCUUGUUCCAGCUGGAGCCAAGGCAUGAACUUUGUCUUCAUUUGUAUGUCCCUGGUGUCCCAUGGUGGUGGUAAUUAAGAGAGAUGUGGAUUUGAUGAUAAAUAGAUAUACAAUGUGACUUAUUAGCUGCUGGUGUGUUCGUAGUUCUUCCAUUACUUUAGUGGAACCAGACUAACUUGGUACUUGGGGCACUGGGUAUAACGGUCCACGCUGUUGCCACCUCAUCCCCUGCUCAUCAGCUCGCUCCUCACCCCAUUGCAAUUCCAGCUCUCUCUCUCUCUCUCUCUCUCUCUCUCUCUCUCUCUCUCUCUCUCUCUCUCUCUCUCUCUCUCUCUCUCUCUCCAGUGUUCUGAUUUAGUGUUAUUUAUGGGUUCUUUGACUAGAAUUUUUAGGUCAGCCAUCUUAAAUUAUUAUUUUUGGCUUUGUAAGAUUACACCCGAGUCCAAAUCAACUGAAUUGGAUUCUACUGGCAGUGGUAAGGAGGUAAUCAUAUUAUGGUGUGCCUCAUUUCUACAGCAACUGUGCCUAUCAAGUAUUUCUUACACCCUUUAGACUUUUUCUUUGCCAGCUCAUACAACUCAGUUUUUGACUGAGUAUCAUAUGGCUGAACUCCUUUCUUAAUAAGCCACUCCUUGAGGUUUUCUUUAGCCAAGAUGAGGUGGUUAAUUUUUCCAGUUGCAUACUAUGAUAUGCUGCAUUAUCCAUAACAAUUAUGGAACUGGGAGCAAUAUUGGGCAGGAGCUACUGUCUAAACCACUCAACAAAAACAGCUGAAUUCAUUUGUUUGUAGUAGUCACCAUCAUUCUUCACCUGGAAAAUGAGUUCAGCAUUGGUAACAGAGCCAUGUUUUGUUCCAGCAUGAAGAAUAAUGAAUUGCCCACCUUUCCCUGUUGGAGCCUUCACUCCCAUGGCUUGAGAUUUACUGUCAGUCCAGCACUUUCCGAGAGUGUAGUUCUGGUUAACCCAUGUUUCAUUAAGAUACACAAAAUUGUGGGAUGACCGUUUAUGGUGGGGCAUUUCUUGCAGAAAUCUUGGUGAGCAUCGGUUACAUCCUUCCUUUCCAUAAGGAAUUGGUGACCAUCAGCAUUUGAAAAUUUGAAUCAUAUUUGCAUCAAUACCUUGUGAAGGGACUUGAUGCAACCAGUGAAGGUUCUUCUAUCUUCCUUUAUCUUGUAUAAAAUGGGGAUUUCUUUCCUCACAUAGAAGUCUAAGAUGGUUCUUCUUAGCACACUCUUCUCAAAAUCAUCAAUAUCUGUUGCAGGGGCAUGGCAAAUCUUUUUCUUUGGUGAAUAGAAAGUUCUGGUUCAGGUUCUGUCUUGCGGACUUUGUUGAUUUUGCAGCAAAUCCUCUUCACUGUGGUGAUGCUGACGUUGGUGGCUUGGGCUGUCUGAGCGAGUGCUUGUGAGGGUGGCAGUAAGGGUCUUCUUCUGUUGGCCUUCUCUUCUACAAAGUAUCUCUUUACAUUGUAAAUGACUUCUUUUGCUUAGUUGUGCAAAGCAAGAGAAUGGGAAGCUGGAGGAUUUUCCAUGGUAACGGAGUGACCAGAAAUGAAUGAUCUAACCUGGGUCCACAGCAGGCCAGCUGGACAUGGCCUGUGGGAGUCCUGUGUCAAGGACAUUGGGGUGGCAAUGUUGCAUGACCUGUAUGUGUUGCCAUUCAAUAAGCCAUGCAGUCAGAUAUGAAAUAUCAUAUUUUUAGAUAAAUUAAGGCAAAGGAUGAAAGUAUGAGCAAGAGAGAGAGAGAGAGAGAUGGCCACUUGUGUGUCGUGUGAACUUACAUGACGUGCAGCCAAUGCCCCAAGUACCAGGUUAGUCUGGUUCCACUUUAGCUUGCAAGGGAGAGAGGGUGGUGGGGGGUGCAGAAUAUGUCUGAGGGGGCUGUGAUGAAUGACUGAUUUAUAAACAUUGUGUGUGUGUGUGUGUGUGUGUGUGUGAGAGAGAGAGAGAGAGAGAGAGAGAGAGAGAGAGAGAGAGAGAGAGAGAGAGAGAGAGAGAGAGAGAGAGAGAGAGAAUGUUAAGUGACUGGUUUGGAAACAUGGGUGAGCAAAAGAGGGAGGUGGAGUGCUGGAGCAGUCUGGAUACACAGAGCAUUGAAAAAUGUAAAGAUGAUCACUUGAUACUUAACAAAAAAGUGUGCACAAGAAGCUGGAAGAUAAUGAAGGGAAAUUACUUCCUUCUAUGUAAGCUGUGAAGUCCCCCAGAUCCAUACCCAGUGCAGUGCUUGUUGGUGCUUGACUUUUAACACACAGUUGAUUCAGAUGUAUCUGGAAAUAAAAAUACAGAUUAAUUUUCAGGUGCUUGCUAACAUAAGUUGACUAAAUGAAACAUGGAUUUUAGAUAAUAAACUAAACAAGAUAUAUUAUCAUUAUCAAUAGUGUUAAGAGACAUUAUAAUGGACACUUUGUGGAAGCACUCAUGAGGGAUCACAUCAAGAGAGCUCUGUGAGAUCUCUUUAUUACUGAACUUUCCAGUAGCAUUUAUUGUAAAGCCAUGCAGCGUGAAGUUGUGUGCAGGAUGACGCUGUGGUGACACUCCUGGUGCUGUCUUAGAGUUGGAAGAGUUUUGGUCUUAAAUGAUUUUCAUCCAGCAGUACAAGAACAUGUGAUCAAGAAGUUUUGAAACUGUUUAUUUUUUUUAUUCUUGUCUAAUGUUCAUUUUGGAAGCUUUUUCUCUGUAAAGCUUCAUUAAGCUUGUAUAUAUGCACUAUUGAAGUCAACAAUGGGAUGCAAGGCAGCUUCUACACCUUUCCUGGUUGACUGCCCUGCACAUGUUCUCUGUAAUUAGGUAACUUGUUUGCUCAAACUUUUUUUUACAGCAAAAUAACGAUAUUUCAUUACUCAAAACACUGUGCUAUUGGUAGUCAACAGUGCCAUUGUCAAACAUAACUAGAGCAAAAUCUUAGUGAACAAAAAGAGUGAGCAAUAGAAUUCCAACAAAACCUGAAACAAUGUGCAAGGAAGGACUCAAUACAUGCCAGCCAAUCAGAAGACUUGCAGCCAAGCCUGGCAUCCCAAAGACCAACUUGGCCUUCAUAGGGAAGAGUGACUGGUUCGUUUAUAAAUAAUCUGUAAAUAAAUUAAUAAAUAAAAAUGUCAGUUUUUAA